AUGUCUGCUCAAGCUAAGAUUUUGUCUCAAGCUCCAACUGAAUUGGAAUUACAAGUUGCUCAAGCUUUCAUUGAAUUGGAAAACUCUUCCGCUGAUUUGAAGGCUGAAUUGAGACCAUUGCAAAUCAAAUCUAUCAGAGAAAUUGAUGUCUCCGGUGGUAAGAAAGCUUUGGCUAUCUUCGUUCCAGUCCCAUCUUUGGCUGCCUACCACAAGGUUCAAACUAAAUUGACCCGUGAAUUGGAAAAGAAGUUCCCAGACCGUCACGUCAUCUUCUUGGCUGAAAGAAGAAUCUUGCCAAAGCCAUCUAGAAGAUCUAGACAAACUCAAAAGAGACCAAGAUCCAGAACUUUGACUGCUGUCCACGACAAAAUCUUGGAAGACAUGGUCUACCCAACUGAAAUUGUUGGUAAGAGAGUUAGAUACUUAGUUGGUGGUAACAAGAUCCAAAAGGUUUUGUUGGACUCUAAGGACAUUCAACAAGUUGACUACAAAUUGGAAUCUUUCCAAUCUGUUUACAACAAAUUGACUGGUAAGCAAAUCGUUUUCGAAAUCCCAGGUGAAACUCAUUAA